GGAAUGCGACGUGAAUCCGUGUGUUUUGGGAUGGUCUCUCGCGCUGCCUCUCCCUCUGCGAGCGGUCGGCCGCUUCUUCGUGUGUGUGUUUUUUUCUCUCCCUCCUUCCGCCUGGACAUUUCCAUGGUAACUGUGCUGUCUGCGGUGUGAUCAUCAGCGAGGAGACGAGCUUUUAGUGUGAGAAUGGAGCUGGACGAGAAAACCCCGGACCCUAAAUACGGGGAGUCCAGGAAGUUUGAUGCAAAUUUCAAAGGGCCAAUCCAGAACAGGGGUUGCACCGACAUCCUCUGCUGUAUCCUCUUCAUCGUCGCCCUGUUGGGUUACUUCGCCGUUGGCAUCCUCGCUUGGUCCCAGGGGGACCCCAGAAAAGUGAUUUAUCCCACAGACAGCAGAGGGCAGUUCUGUGGGCAGGCCGGGACCUCACUGGAGAAGAAACCUCUCCUGUUCUACUUCAACAUCCUGAAAUGUGCCAGUCCGCUGGUGCUGCUGGAGUUCCAGUGUCCCACCACACAGCUAUGUGUGGAAAAGUGUCCUGACAGGCACAUGACUUUGGUGAAGGCCAAGUUAGGCAGCAAAGAGGAUCGCGAAUACUACACAAGAUACUGCAAGGAAGGGACCAACUUCACCAAACUGAGCCCUCCUGAGAUCCUGAAAGACGGCCUGUGCCCUGCCAUGCUGCUGCCCAGCAAAGCUUUCACACGGCGCUGCCUGCCUGCCCUGGGAAAGCUGAAAGGCGGAGUGGUGGUGGUGGGCAACGAGACCACUUUUGUUGAUGACGAGAACAACAGAGUCAAUGCCACGGACGUCCUGGAGGCAUCCAAGAAGUCAAAUGUUGUUUUAGAAGCUCGUCAGGUGGCCAUGAGAAUCUUUGAAGACUACACCCAGUCCUGGCACUGGAUAUUACUCGGUCUGGUGAUCGCCAUGGUUGUCAGCUUGAUUUUCAUUGUCCUGCUGCGAUUCUUGGCUGCCAUCAUGGUCUGGGUCAUGAUUGUUUUGGUCAUUCUCGUCAUUGGAUAUGGGAUUUUCCACUGCUACAUGGAGUACGCCAACCUGAGGGGAGAACCGGGCGCAGACGUCACCAUCCGUGACCUGGGCCUGCAGACAGACUUCUCCGUCUACCUGCAGAUCAGGCAGACCUGGCUGGCCUUCAUGAUCAUCCUGGCCAUCGUGGAGUUCAUCAUCAUCCUGCUCCUCAUCUUCCUGAGGAAAAGAAUCCUGAUUGCCAUCGCUCUCAUCAAAGAGGCCAGCAGGGCUGUUGGCCAUGUUAUGUCAGCGCUGUUCUACCCACUUCUGACCUUCGCUCUCUUGGCCGUGGUGAUCGCUUACUGGGCCGUCACUGCAGUAUUCCUGUCUACGUCCAAUGACCAGAUUUACAAAGUGUUUAACAACUCCGAGUGCCAGUUCUCUCGGGACACCUGCGAUCCCAAGACAUUCAACACCUCCAAUGUUUCGGCCCUUUGUCCGGAUGCGGAGUGCCUGUUUGCUUUCUACGGUGGUGAGACGCUGUACCACAGAUACCUCAUCCUGUUCCAGUUUUAUAACGUCUUCCUCUUCUUCUGGUGCGCAAACUUUGUGACGGCGCUGGGCCAGGUGACGCUGGCGGGGGCUUUUGCUUCGUAUUACUGGGCCUUCAAGAAGCCGGACGAUAUCCCUGCUUAUCCCAUCUUCUCCUCACUGGGACGGGCUCUUAGAUACCACACAGGCUCCCUGGCUUUUGGCUCCCUCAUCCUGUCUCUGGUCCAGGUCAUCAGGGUCAUCCUAGAGUAUCUGGAUCACAAGUUGAAAGGUGCUCAGAACAAGUUUGCCAAGUUUCUUCUGAGCUGCAUGAAGUGCUGCUUCUGGUGUCUGGAGAAAUGCAUCAAGUUCCUGAACCGGAACGCCUACAUCAUGAUCGCGAUCUACGGGAAGAAUUUCUGCGCCUCGGCUCGAGAUGCCUUCUUCCUUCUCAUGAGGAACAUCAUCAGGGUGGCUGUUCUGGACAAAGUGACUGACUUCCUGCUGUUUCUUGGGAAGCUCCUUAUUGUUGGCAUCGUGGGGAUUUUCUCUUUCUUCUUCUUCUCUGGAAGAAUCAAAGCUGCAGAGGAGGCUGCUCCGUCACUCAACUACUACUGGGUGCCGAUUAUGACAGUGGUAGUGGGAUCGUACCUGAUUGCCCACGGCUUCUUCAGCGUGUACGCUAUGUGUGUGGACACGCUCUUCCUCUGUUUCUGCGAGGACUUGGAAAGGAACGACGGGUCGUCCGAGAGACCUUACUUCAUGAAUCCCGAGCUGCACGAGAUCCUCUCCAAGACGAGGAAGGUGGAGGAGGAGUGCGACGGCGUCGAGCCGGCGGACGUGGACGAGGUAAAGGUGGAGGAGGAAACGCCCCUGCAGCAGCAAGAUGGAGAGGUCCCGCUGAAGCAGCAAGCCGUGCUGAGGGAGGAAAACGAGGAGAAGCAGCCUCUUGAGUCCAAGACGGAGAACGGAGAGGCGAAAGCGGAGAAGGAUGAGGAAAAACGAGUCAGUCAGGCGGAGGACACGGAGAAAAAAGAAGAGCCGGAUGUGAAGGAGGCUGCAGAGAAGCAGGAGGUGAAAGUAGGGGAAAAACCAGAGGAGGAGUCAGAUGCAGCUGGAGAAGCUGGGAAAGAGAAGGAGGAGGGAAAAGAGCCGUCUAAGGAUGAUAAUCCUCCAUCUGCACCACACGAGUAGAUGCUGCAAAGCAAAGGAGGCUCGCUAGACCUCAUAAAGCAUAAAGAAUGCAAGUUGUGUCCCUCGGCUUUGUGAUAUGGACCUGUUAAAUGUACAGCAUCCAAGCUAAAGUGUCGUCCGGCUUAGCUGUGUGAGAGGACUGAUGUUCCACCUGAGGUAGGCAGCGCAGAGCGAAGGCUGGAGGAGGUCCAAAGCCCAGUGCAUCUCUGUAGCCUGAAAAAAAAAAACAAAAAACAAAAAAACACUCCUUUGUGUUGGUUUUUAGAACAGUGUUGGGUUUUUUUAAAUCGUGACGGUCUGUAAAACGUCGUGCGUGCUGAACAUGUGCCUGAUUGCUUGUCAGUGGUCGUUUUCUCAAUCCCAUUCACUGGAAAAUCACCGCAGAACCGGAACCACGUUUACAGUCAGAACAAACAUCUCAAUCAAGCGUGAAUCUGUUUCACCGUUUACAAAAAUACCAGCUGAUGCCAAAACCCUUUCACGAAUAUUUGAUACGCUACGAAUACUGGACCUUUCUUUUUUUCUUGUUGUUGAUAUGAAAACUUGUGUAUAUAUAAAUAUGCCUUGGUGUAUGUUUGUUACGUAUAUUUUGGCUUUAGUCUAGUUGAGACUCUCACUACGAUGGGAUUUUCACAUAUUGUACCGCCACCUACAUGCCUUGGUAUUUGAACUGGCAUUAAGUGCUGUGACUGUCCGGCCAUGGUGCAGAAAUCAUGACCUCCCGGGCUCUCUCGGUCGUUUACAGACUCCUCUUGCCUUGCUCUGACCCUUCCCUGAAUCUCUCUGUCUGUCUAAAGUGCUGCAUGGUAUUAACAAGGCCUUCUGAAUGCUCGCAACUAACAUCUUAGGUGUCUGGAAGCUUUUGUACUUCUUCUUCUUCUUCUUGCCUGUUAUGCUUUUUUUUUCCCCCCACCAGUGAAAUCUCUGAUGACAUUCCAUAGUUACUGGGUGUAAUUCCUGAUGACAAGUGGUCGUAUUUAAUCAAUGUAGCUCUGUUAUGGGUAAGCGUGUGACAUGGCGAGGUGGUCUCAUGUUCGGAAACAGGUGAGUUCUCGGAUCGGAGACGAAAAGGUGAAUUUAUUUGUCUACAAACGGAACGAC